AUGACUGAAAACGAGAACUGCUCUGAAGGGCAAAGAUCGAACGAAGUCACCAACUCUUCGAAUAACGCAACGCGGAAACCGAUAGAUUUGGAUGAUGUGCUUAUAAGCGAAUUAGGCCAAUUCGGCCGGUUCCAGUUCAAAAACAUCCUCCUCGUAUCGGUACCCUUAAUUAUGUCAGCCUUCUUGAGUGAAUACAUAUUCUCAGCUGCCGCAAUUCCCCAUCGAUGUCAAAUUCCUGAAUGCGGUGAGAACAGCACCAAUUUCGUGUUCGAGCCUGAAUGGAUCCUAAACGCAGUUCCUGAAACUACUACGGGAUUUUCCAGCUGUCAACGUUUCGAGUCUUCCACAUCAAACGGCUCUUUAGACUAUUGCCCGGCUGAUAUAUUCAUAAGAGACAGCAUUAUAUCUUGUGACAGUCUUUUUUAUGCCAGGAAUAACUCCGUUGUAUACGAUUUCGACUUAGGGUGCCAGGAAUGGAUGCGGGCGUUGGCGGGUACUCUAAGCAGCGUUGGAACUCUGCUGGUGCUGCCUAUAACUGGGUACAUAUCUGAUCGGUUCGGGCGGCGCAUCGCACUUGUAGUCAGCAUUUCCAACGUAGCACUGUUUGGUCUCAUUCGGGCCUUCUCCACUAACUACACUAUGUACCUGGUGCUUCAGCUUCUACAAUCAACACUUGGAGGCGGCACUUUCAGUUCUGCCUACAUAUUUGCUGCUGAGCUCGUUGGUCCGAAGUAUCGUGUGUUGACUGGAGCUGUGACUUCGUCCAUGUUCGCAGUGGGAUUAAUAGUGCUUGGAGGCUUGGCGUGGGUGGUGCAGUCGUGGCGCAACCUAAUCCUGGCUCUGCAUAUACCCUGUUUCCUCGUAGUAUCUUACUACUGGUUCUUAGGAGAAAGUAUUCGUUGGCUUUUAUCGAAACAAAAGUUCACAGAAGCCAGGGCCGCUUUGGAAGAAGUUGCAAGAGUUAAUAGAACCCAAAUUAGCGAAAAGUCGAUGGAGGCAUUGCUGAACCCACCGGAACAAACAGAACAAAUCACAGAUGGGCCAGGACUGAUCACUUACAUAGUUCGCUCACCAAUACUCCUACGCCGGGUCUGCACAACUCCUUUCUGGUGGAUCACGUCGACUUUCGUGUACUACGGCCUGUCCAUCAACUCUACCAGUUUGUCUGAUGCCAUGUACCUGAACUUCAUCCUCACCUGUGCCAUCGAGAUCCCGGGCAACUUCGCCACCGUUCUCCUCCUAGACCGGAUCGGCAGGAAACCAACAUUGUCCGGCGGGUUUUUCCUCAGCGCGGCUUGUAACAUCAUUUUUGCGUUCACUCCCAACGAUCUAAACGUCCUGCGGCUAGUAAUAUACUUACUGGGGAAAUUUGGCAUAUCAGUGGUGAUGACCGCAUUGUACCUGUUCACGUCAGAACUGUAUCCCACCGAGUACCGCCACAGUCUUCUCGCCUUUUCUUCUAUGGUCGGCAGGAUUGGAUCCAUAAGCGCACCUCUCACACCCGCCCUGAUGGAGUAUUGGGUGGGAAUACCUUCAGUUAUGUUUGGAACCCUGGGCCUGCUUUCUGGUUUGCUUGUCCUCACUCAGCCCGAAACCCUCGGAACCAAGAUGCCCGACACUCUAGCAGAGGCGGAGGCGUUAGGGAAAUCCGAUCAGCAGAGGAAGAAA